GUUUUUACUACUCCUCAACAACCGAUCAAUCAAACGCUAUCAUGGUUAAGCCUGGAGUGAAGGGGCUGACGCUCUUUUCUGCCUUGGCUGUUACUGCGAAUGCCCAUACUUGGGUAGAGCAGCUCACGGUCAUUGCACCCAACGGAACUUUUAUCGGAGCUGCAGGUUACCCGCGUGGAUAUGUAACUCACGAAUCGGGUGACGCCGCCAUGACUCACCUGCUGUCGUCAACGGGUCCUAUGAACCUGACCGAUGUCUCUGGUGAUAUGUGCAUGGACUCGCAGAAGAAGCAGGUCCAGAGCGAAGGGUAUCCUCGACUGCAGGCAGCCCCGGGAGAUGCCAUCGCCCUUCGAUACCAGGAGAACGGCCAUGUGACGCUGCCCGAAGCCCAGGAAGGCAAACCUGAGAAUCGCGGGACGGUGUAUGUCUACGGGACCACGGAACCCAAAGAGAACGAGCGACUGGAGACCAUCCACAAAGUCUGGAACAAGGAAGGCAGCGGCGGCGACAAGCGCGGCGUGCUGCUGUCUACCCAAGACUUCGACGACGGCCAGUGCUACCAGAUCAACGGCGGCAAGAUCUCCAAGGAUCGCCAGGCCAAGUUCCCUCACGAAGCGGACGAGUUGAUGGGCGCCAAUCUGUGGUGUCAGCAAGAUAUCAGGUUGCCCGAGAAUCUCCCGUCGGACAAGCUCUACACCCUCUACUGGGUCUGGGACUGGCCGACGGCUCCCGGCGUGGAUCGUUCCUUGCCUCGCGGAAAGCAAGAGCUUUAUACGACCUGUAUGGACGUGCAAUUGACCGGCAAGUCCGACUCGAAGGAGCAUGCCCAAGCCAAGUACGUCGACGGCCAAUCAUUGAACAGCGCCGCGGUUAAGGCCCGGUUUGUCGGAAUCAUGGGC